ACACAUAGGCAGACACGUGCUGCAGAGGGGAUGUGAGUGUUGGGUCGCUGAGCAUUCAGGUCCCCCCUCCCCUUCUUCUUCUUUCUCACUCUCUCGCUCCCUCUCCCUGUUCACCUUGUCUCUUCCGGCUGCAUGGUUUAUUGUUGCGUCAGAGCCAAAGAGAGCCAGCGAGAAGCAUGCCGGGGGAGAGCUCUCCCAGAUCUGUACCCAGCGAAAAACAUCCAGAGCAGGGAGCUGAGGAGACAGGGCUCCCUGGACCAGACAUAACCAGAGAUCGUUCUAUUGACUCCAGCCCUAGUGACAGUGGCUCUUCCCCUAGUGACAGUGGUUCUAGCCCUUCUCCCAGUACUCCUCAGAGGCUACUCCCAGCAUGCACCUCUCCAUUUGGACCACGGCUAUUUCAUGCCACACCAAGCUCUUCUGGAACUCCAAGACCACAACCUGAAGGCUCUGACUAUCGCAACACAACCAGACUGUCUGGAAAGUUAGGUGGUCAUGGACCAUGUGGCCGCCAUGUUCCUGUUAUGAUGGAGAGAAUCAAGGUCCUGACUGGUUCUGAGGUGGAGAGUGAUUAUCAAGAGCCACAUACCAUUGAUGCAAGGGUGGUGAUGGGUCAAGAGAUACUGCUCAAAGCAACAGAGAUCCAGAAAAGGAAACCCCUGGUUGAGCCAAGUGGUCAGGCUAUCCCUUUGCCAGCUAUUCCAUGUUUUUUAGGUACUCAGCCACAUGCAAAAGAGACAGAGCUGGAAACCAGCAAAGAGGAACACCAGUUCAAAAUAUAUCAAAAAAAGCAGGAUCAGCAAAAAUACCUUGUGCAGACCCCGACCACGCUCCCUUCCAUUUUUCAUAACCCUCCAUUCCCUUCCUCCUCCUCCUCCUCCUCCCCAGAGGCAAUCCCAGAUGCGAGUUUGAAAGACAUAAAGGAAGAGAGUCAACCCCUUUCACAAGAUGAAGUGCCUUCCCUUUCUGAGCUGGCCUGUCCAAUUGCUUUGUCCUUCUCGGAGCCAACCUAUGCUGUUGACCCACUACGAGUGGGUGUGCCCACAUCUCUUGACCCCGACCUAUACUAUACCGCUCCUUCCACCCCGAUCAAGAUGACCAACCGCUCUCUGCACCUUAAGCAUCAUUCAUAUCCGGGUUCUCCAGCCUGCCCGCUCUCCCCUGGCACUCCCUCAGAUAGUGAGGAUCUCUGCUCCCCUCUUACCUCUCCCUCUGGCUCUUAUAUCACAGCAGAAGGAGGCAGCUGGAACUCCUCUUACACAUCGUCCACCUCCCCCUCCACUUCUCCCAACCUGCUCCUCCCAGAAGAAGCACAGGAAGCCCCUGCUUGCUUCGUGGGCUCCUUAUCAGAGAUUGGAGAUGAAGUUGGGGAGGAAAAGGGGCGAGCAGGUGUAGAGGAGGAAAGAGUAGUAGACUUCUGCCUGUACCGGCCAGCGGAUUUUGUCAUGAAUUCACGGAUGGGUAUAACAGGGACAGUGAUCCUUGAGGAGGAAGAGGCUUUGAAAGAGGAAAAGAUCAAGAUUUCAAGAGAAAGUUGUCGUCCAUGCUGGGUGACUGCCGAUACAUCCCCUCUCAGGAGCAGCAGCAGCCGUAGCAGUGACUCCCAGGAAGAUGGGGGGGAGUCUGAGAGCUCACUCUGCCAACUGGAACAGGCUAAUGCAGGAAGAGCAGAGUACUCUAGACCCAUGCAGACGGGCCUAAAAUUGCACCUGGAAGCAUGCAUGCCGGGGGAACAUUAUGGACAAAUGGAUGACCUCCCAGAACAACCCUCCACUGCUUUGACUCCUGACACAGAGAACAUGACUAUGGCCUCAUCUAGCCUUAGCCCAGACUCACCUGUCAGCCCCAUGGAUGCCUUCUGUCCUCCAGUCUUUGGAAGGUUUGGCCCUGGUUCUUUCAUGUUUACCCAGGCAGCCAGUGCUGAUGAUAUACCAGAUGAGGAGAGGAUGAUCCCUGCAUCCCUCAUCUCCUUUCCCCUACACACCAGCCUUAUCUUUAAAGCAGAUUCAAUGGAAAUCACCCUCUUCCCCACAGAAGACGAGAAUGAUAUAGGAGAAGGUAAUGACAGAACUGAAGGAAAGGAUGUUAAUGCUUAUGCAGCAGGAGAGGAGGAGGCAGAUGUCGAAGAUGACGAUGAUGAUGAAGAGGAUGAUUAUGACUAUGACGAUGAAGGUGUUGAGAAUAAUGAAGAUGAUGUCAGUGACAACCAUGGGGCUGAUGAGGAAGCUAAGGUGGAGGUAAAUGUGGUAGGAGAGGCGGAAGAAAAGAAAGAAAAAGAUCAGGAAGAGAAUGAUGACAAGUGUAAUCCUACAACAGUGGAAGAUCCUGCAGAAGAGGACAACUCAGCAUCGUUCCUUCAUUCACUAUCAGAGACAUCUAUCAAUGACGGGUUGGACGAAUCUUUCUGUUUCCAAGACGAUACAGAUGACUCGAUAGAUUCUGCCUCCUAUAAUGGGGAGGAGGACGAACGUCUGUACAGCACAGAGAGGCAUGCCCAAUCCCUAGAACCAAUGGAUCCACUUGAUUUAUCUGAAGUCCAAAGAGAAACGGAACAGGGGUCUACCACUGGAACAGGUCAUAUUGAACCUGUGCAAACACAGCUGAGCACAGACAAACAUGUGGAUAUAGAACCCAAACCUCUGGAGGAACCUAUACCCCUUGAACAGCGGUCUGCCACUGAACUGAAGUCUACCAGAACAGGUCAGACGACACCUUCGCACACAUACAGCAUAGAAAAACCACUGGAUACCCAGAAAAUGUCUGGCACUUCGGAAGCAAUCUCUAGUCAAACAGAGUCAUCCAGCAACCCAGAUGAGAGUGGGAGAGAGAGUGAGACGAUGGCUAUCUCUGGUUCCUCCGAUCCUUUCGAACAGCCUAAAAACCAACCUCCUUUUAACCCGUCCAACACCGCUGUUGCUCUCCUUGGACCACCUGACCCUGUUGCUGAGUUCCACACCUCUCCUCUUUUGAAGGCGUCAGACCUCAGCAAUAUAGUUCUUCAAAAAGAAUUGGCUGAAGAAAAUCCCCAAAUGAAAGAUGAUUAUUUGCAAGAGAGCAAUGAAUAUUCAGGGGAGGAACCCACAGAAGAACCAGAAAGAGACUCUUUUAAAUUGCUCAUCAAGCCUCGUCAUUAUCACGCGGAAAGCCACAGGGCUGUGGGCGCAAGUAGGCUUGUAUUAUCAAAGUUUUUCUCCAAUAAAUCGGAUGUGCCCGAAGGGGCUGAGGCAAUAUGUAGGAGCAGCUUACUCAGGGAUUCUGAAAUUGAACUUGACCGGAGGAAUGGGAAUGCCUCAGUUGAUUCAAUGAGUGUGGAUUGUCAAAGCAAUGAUUCGGCCACCAAUGACCUGAAUAAAGGGGUUCUUUUCCUAUCCUGCCCAAAAGACCCUAGUCCCAACCCCAGUAACAUCCCUGUUUCUACUUCUGCAGAGGUCAUCUCAGAACUUGUUGACAACAUUGCCCUGACCCCUAGUGACUCUGCCCAGGAGAACUUGAGAGAAAAUACCCUGAGUACAGAUGAAGGGGUGCUGGGAGCUGUUGGAUCUCCACACUCGCCCCUUGCAAUCUCACCCAAAAGGGAAAACUCAGAAACAGACAGCAUGGGUGGGAGCGGGGAGAUGCGACCUGGACCUGGGACAUGGUGCCAUGACAGGAUGGGUCUCGGUUUUAACCUAGCGUUAGGAUCAGGGGCUGAGUUUGCUGUCUGGGGAGCAGGGGAGUCUCUCUCCCUGUCUCUCGGGAAUAGAUAUGAGUUAGAGGCAGAGGGUCUGCUCAUGUGUGACACAGAGGGCCAAAGCACACAGAUGGCCGUAGUUUCCAACAUGAGCAGUGAAGCGUGUGGAAAUUAUGAAAAUGUUCUGCGUUCGGUUCUGGAUGACGAAGACAACGACAGUCUGUGUGGAAAGAGGGACCAGAUGGCGGAUGAAGAAUCGGUGGGUGAGGGAGCUUCUGAGUCCAACUUGGCUUGCUGGAAGUCAAUUGAGGAGAUCUCAGAAGCAGGCGGAGGCGAGGAUGGAAGCUCUAGAUUCCCAGAGGAUGAUGUCAGUAAUCUAAAUCCAGACACUGCUGGAGAUAACGCCCAUAUGCAAAUACAAAACACUUGGCAGAAGUCUAACAAUAACAAUGACUGUGGUUUUGACUCCUUCGAAGUAGCCAUGUGUGGAGGUCUGAAUGCUCUAUCAGAGGAAGUACGACCCCAGAGUUUUGGUAUCAGAGACUCUGUCUCCAAUAUUCCACUUGAGGAGAUUCCCCCUCGGGUUUCAGACACAAUUCCCGACCAAGGGAAACAAAAAGACAGCUUGAUAUACCUGGAACCAGACACAACACAGACUCCAUCCUCAAAGAAAGGUGCCUCCAGCAUCUCAGUGCCAUUAGUUGAAACUCACCUGGAAAAAGAUGUAACAAACAAGCACCUCAGUUCACCAGAUAAAGCCAGCUUUAUAUAUCAUACUCCUCUUGAGUGUCAGACAAUCACUCCAGAUACAGCAUUUUCUUUGCUAGAUGGAUCCUUUGGUUCAUUUACUCCUAGAUGCAGAUCAAAUGAAUCCCGAGCAAGUAAUGUUUGUCAAGGCAAGAUCAAGAAUUCUGGCUCUCAGUCAGAACUUGAGGUGGUGAAGUGUCAGAGCAAAGGCCAAAGAGAAGGUGAUACCUGUCAGGUGACUCAAAGACUUGUUGAUGAACCAAAGAGUAAAGAUGCCUUUAGAGGAGAGGAAUUUAUUGGAAGUAACUCAGGGGAAGAUGAGGAGGGCAAAAAAAUGGAAGUGAAAGCAAAAAAAAGAGGAGCGGAGAAAGAAAAGAAAAAGAAAAAGGAGAGAAAAAAUUCUCCUGCACAGAAAUGCCAAGAGCACUAUGUUUGUCAAAUCCCAAAAGGGGAACUUUGCACAGAUAAACCAAUUGCUGCCAAGAAAGUGGGGAGAGGGAAACAGAAUAAACACAGGGCAUCCCAGACAGGAAGACAUACUGACUGUAGCCCUGAAACUGUUGAUGAUUCAAAGAAACCUGUUUCAAUAAAUCCCACAUCAGAUGGAUCGCCAAAAGGGGUCACAGAGAAUUCUAGGAAGGCGGGUAGAAAGGCAAACCACAAAGCGCCAUCAUCGGACUGUGAGCAGAGGACACCUGGGACAGAUAAGGCUGCAUCUCAAUCACUGAUUCAGGGAGAUAACAGUCCCAGCCUUGAUGUCAAAGGUGAUGGAAACGGCAUAUCUACAAUGCGUAGCCCAGAAAACCUCAAUGUUAUGUUGGCAAAGAACCAAGAAUUUCAUCAGAAACAGGAAGUGCUUGAUAACAGACCACUAUCUGAUAGUCAGAGAGGACUCACAGUGGAUAUCAACGAUAACAACAUAGAUACAGGCCUCAGCCCUCCCUCUAACGAUGCCAUAUCAUACUCUCUGACUCCAUUGUCUCCUUCACCACCUCCAAUUUCCUCCUCCUCUCCUCUGCCAUGUGCCUCAACAGAGCCAGAUGAUGAUCUUCCUACACCUGUGCAGGAAUCCCAACCUGUCCUAUCAGCCCAGCAAAAGCCCUCUCUGUCCAUAUGCCGCAGCCACCCUACACUUUGCUCUACUUCCCCCACGGCACAAAAAGGCCCUGAAUCCCAAUUUCUCCCUAACAACAGCCUCCAGGAGAUGAGUGUUGUCUUUUCUGCAUCAACCGCAUCUACCACAAGUGUCUCUUCACCCUCAUUCUCCACUGCCACGUCGUUGAGCCUGUCUCAGCCUACCCAGGAGUCGUCUUCACCCGGGCCUGGGACUCUACAUUCACCAUGUUUUCCAGACUCUGUAUCCCGUCCGCAGUCUCAGCAAAAUCUCAACAUCCAGCCUCACAAACAAAUAAAGCAAGGUUGCACAUGGAGCAUACAAGAUCGGUGCAGAGGUCCCAGUCUGGCUGAGGAGGAGACAGAUAGUGAUGACGAUGGUAAACGGCCUCGACGUGGUCACAGAUACCAGGCCAGAGCAGUGGCAGGAAACAGAAAUGGAGCACUGCACGGAGAGUGUGGUCCAUCUAAUCAGCAGGAAAUACACCCUUUCUCUCCCCACCACAUGUCCAACAGACAGUCAGGCUGUCCAAUCAACCACAGCCACACGAUGGCAGAAGAGAUUGACCUUUCCUUCAAAAACAAUUGUCCCAUUAUGGCUUCCUGUAAUGAGUCUGAAAGCGAGGGGUCAGUGCCUGAGCUCGAGGAGCCAGAGCGGAGACCAUCAGAGCCCCAAUCUAUCUCCUUUGCAGAUGACGGGCUAAACAGACCAAAACAGAGUCGCAGUGAGAAGAAGGCUCGCAAGGCCAUGUCUAAACUUGGUUUGAAGCCGGUCCAUGGUGUGACCAGAAUCACAAUUAGGAAGUCCAAGAGUAUCUUGUUUGUCAUCAGCAGACCAGAUGUGUUCAAGAGCCCUGCAUCGGACAUUUACAUCGUAUUCGGAGAGGCAAAGAUUGAAGACCUAUCUCAGCAGGCUCACAAAGCGGCUGCAGAGAAAUUCAAGGUGCCGGUGACCUCUUCUCCCUUGGCCCCACCUGUCCCGCCCAGCCUCACCAUCAAGGAAGAGAGUGAAGAGGAGGAAGAAGAGGUGUCUAUUGUGGAUGUGGGAGGCCUUGAGCAGAGGGACAUCGAGCUGGUGAUGGCUCAGGCCAACGUGUCACGAGCCAAGGCCGUCCGUGCACUGAAAAACAACAAGAAUGACAUUGUGAAUGCUAUCAUGGAGCUGACCAUGUGAGCGGUGAGGAUGAUUUGACUCCAAACCCCUCGUCCAGCCUAUAAAGCCUAUAUGCCACUGACUCUUCUGUAUCGCUGCUACUGUAUGUUGCAUCCCCAAUAUCUGCUAAAUAAAGUCUGUUUCAUCGUGG